AUGCUGACGAUAUUGAUGAUGAUUAUUCAACUCAAAAAAAUUACCUACAGUACUCGCAUUCAAGGUCCAUGGAUUUUUGGUAUGUGUUAUAAAAAUGUUGAUGGGAUUCUAGAACGAAGAUUUUUUAAAGUGGAAAAAAGAAAUAAGGCAACUUUAUUACUAAUAGUACAAAAUGAAAUAGAACUAGGAUCAAUUAUUUAUUCAGAUCAAUGGCGAGCAUACAGUACCUUAAAAGAUAUAGGCUAUCAUCAUGAAACCGUCAAUCAUUCCGAGUUUUUUGUUGAUCCUACAACAGGCACGCGCACAAACACAGACUAUCGAGUGUAUAUGAACCAUGGAGACACGUCAAAACUAAAUCCGGAAUUAAAACCCGAGCAGCAACAGAUUUGUUAG